AUGCUAAAUCGUGCUAUUACUAAUAAAUAUGGAUUUUCUUUUCAUCUUAGGAGGUUUGUCCACUCAAAUGAUAAAUCUCUUGAUGAACUUUCUACUUUCUCUUUGAAGAACAGCCACACGCAUGAUGUUUCCGUCGGUGAUUCGAGCAGUGUUUUGAGUGAUUCCGACAUCGACAAGAUUAAUAAUUUGGCAUUUUUUGAUUAUACCAGUGCCCCCAAAGAGGCAAACACUAAGGAAGGUACGUUGUUGGAUGAGAAACUAGCCAAUGUCAAAAACUUGUUCGGAGCAGACCCUGAAAAUCGGGCAUUUGUCAAUUACAAGCUCCCUCAAGGCUUAAAAAAUCCCUACAUUGAUAUUCAGUUGAACCAAUUAAAAAGGAAAAGGCUAUCUGUCACACAGUUAUGUACCACCCAAAACUGGUGUGAAUUAAGAAACUUUUACGAUUUUUACUCCCAAAAUUUGUCUAGUCAGCUACUAGAUUUGAAGUUCCAGAUCCAGAAGGGUAAGAAGAUUCAUAAGUCACUGGAAGACGAAACUCAUCCCGAAUUAAAUCAGUAUAAUAGUUUCGUACAGGAUUUCCUUCCCCUGACCAACUUGGCUAUGGAUAUCGACAGUGAUAUGAACACUUUGCUGGAUAAUUGGUGUAGUUCGAUCAGCAGAUUAAUCUCUUUAUUUACCAGUGGUGGUGGCCAUUCAAGAGAAAUCAUUUGUCAUGGCUUCAUUAAUAUCCAAAACGGUAAGCUAGUAAGAGAUUUGACCAAAGACGGAAACACCUCAGAGGAAAGCGUUAUAAUAUCAGGCAUCAUUGAUCACCUGACUUUUAGAAACAAGCGUAAUCAUCAAGUGCAGAAACGUACAACAGGUCUCGACCGGGAAAAUCAAAGUUGGGAUAGCAUCCUUGCUAAAUUACUAUCAGACCUACCAACCUUGAAAUCAAACAAUGAAAUUGUCAUCUCUGAUAUCAAGACCAGGUCAGUACCGAAAAUGCCUUCCAUUGAGUCGGUCGUACAAUCGUCUAAAUUACAGACAAUGUAUUAUAAGUAUUUUCUUUCCCAUUUAAGCCAAGAUAUGACCCAAACCUAUCAUAGCUUUUUAAUCAAUGCCCAGAGAAGAGGGCUCGAUGUUGACGCGCCUAUAGAUUCUACGAAGAUUCUAACUUUCAUAUUGACAAACCCGCUUUUCGCUAAUGACAUGGAUCACCUCCUGGAUGGAAAACCGAUACACUUUGCCCCAUUUGAUAACGACACCAAAAAACCUAGUACAUUCGAUAUGACGGCAUUUAAUAAUUUGCUCGAUCAAGGUUCCACAUCCUUUACCAUACCAACAGAACAAGAGGAAGACGAUUUGGAACCAACAAAAUGCAUAUCUUUACAAGACUAUAAACGUUUUUAUACAAAAUGGAAGACCCCAAUAACUCUAAAAUAUUUUGCCGCAAGACUGUCACAGAUUUAUUAUAUUGUCGGAAAUCUCGUUUCCAAUGACCUGAUGAUAGAAUACUAUUAUCAUAAUGAUAACUUCCAUAAUACCAUAUUCCCGUAUGAUCCAGUGAAAUUGGAAAAACACGCUCAUGAUGUAGCAAUGGUUUGGUUCGGUCACAGAGAUAUGAAUCCAAUUGAACCUGUUCAGAAAAAAUUCAAUCUAUACUGUAAAUAUUGCGACUACAAACACGUCUGUUCUUGGAAGAAUAAAAACGAGCUAAAACUGGCUGAUUUGGGCAAAGAAUUACAAAAAAUCAUUCUCGAUUCAAACCAACAUUAA